AUGAGAUGCUGCGAAGCGCGGAGGAGACACCAUGAUAACAGGCCUCCCACCACCCGGAUCGUGUUGCCAAUCGUUUUCCAGGACCUUUGCUCUCCCCUUCUCUUCGCCCGCAUUCUAUUAAUUGCUAAGCUCUCUCUUUCUCCACCGCCUCAUCAUUUCAGCAUCACGCUGGUUGGGUCUCUUCGUCCGCUUGCUCUUGUUGUGGUUAGGGAUCCGCGCUUCUCUGCUCUGCCUGCUGCUCUCCCUCCAGCUUGCGGGGCGGUGGCCCGCCAGCAAAACGCGCUCGGCGGCUCCAUGCCGCACGGCGGCGGCGCCAUGGACGCGCAGGCUCCGGCCCGCGGGGCGGUGGCCGGCCACGGGCACGCGUGCGGCGGAGAAGUCUCGCAGAGAGGCGUCGUGAUGGAGGCGCAGGAGCAGGUCUCUCACCGCGCCGCCACACCUCCGCCGCGGACAGCACCGAGGCAGACGUCGGCAGGUUCGUCGCCGGCAGACUCGCCGACGCCCGUGAGGAGGAAGUCCUCCAUCUACGCGCUGACGCCAGACAGGCGCUGGUUGCGACCCAGCUGGGCGUUCCCCCUCUUCGGCGCCGCCUGGGUCCUGGUGAUGGCGCUGUGCUGUCUUCUGGAGCCGAGCUACGGGCUCCUGCGGCUCUGCUACACGGUGGUCGCGGUGUGCCUGCUGCUGUACCGCGUGCGCUACUACGCCCGCAAGGAGUGGAUCCUGUAUUUCAUCGACUUGUGUUUUGUGAACUCAAUCCUGCUCGUAUGGAGCCUGUGGAGUUGCACUGAGAACAGGUGCUCACCAGAGUGGCGGUGGGCGGUGUUCAUCGUCGCCACGGGCCCCGUGGCUGGCGCCGUGUUCCCGCUGCAGACGCCGCUCACGCUGCACCACCCUGAGGGGUUCGAGAGCUUCUUCCUGCACGCCUCGCCCAUGUGGAUGUGCUACGCCGUCCGGUGGCGCUGGUGGGGCGGCGAGGCCCCGCCUGGAGUGGGGCCCCUGCUGUGGGCCAGCGCGGCCAGGAUAUCGCGGCUACCUUCCCUGGCUCGCGGCGUACCUGGCGUUCCUCUUGUUGCAGCCCUUGAUGCCUGA